ACGACACGCUGAUUGGCCCGUUCGAGAGCUGUGUCCGGACUUGUGCGGUGUGUUGACAUGAGUAGUAGGAGCCGAACCAAUGCAGGGGCAUGUCAGCAUGAUGUUUCGCUUGUGGCCAAGGCUGUCUGGCUGGUGAUGCAGAGAAGAGACUUCAAGAACUUUGAGAGAAUUGUAGAAUUCUUGGAGCUAACUCAUAAACAGGCUCCAGGUCUGCUCUGCUAUAGGCACCAUGCCAGGCUCAGCACAGGCCUAAGAGGCAAGAUAGUUCUCAACAUGAUUGAAGACAAAAGGCCUUUGCUGGACAUUCUUGAAGCAUUGAACCUUCACUUCCCUCCUGUCUGUCCAGAUGACUCCACCACUCCCCCUCGUGAUGUAGCAAAAGUGCAGCAAAGUAAGAUUCACUUUCGAAAGUUGGUAUAUCGUAUGAUCCGGGAUGAAAAGUUUCGGAAGGAUUACUUGGAGACAAGACUGGAAGCAGAAUACGGGGAAAUGUACCUGAAGGCUUUGGACAAACUUCUUUGGGAGUUUCUCUACCGGCUGCAGGCAGUUCUUGAUCAAGAGGCCCCUAAAACCACAGAGCAGUCUCAUCUGGAGAGGGAAGACCUUGCAUACACCCCCGUGCCUCCCGUCUCACUGAGUACUUCAGAUAAGAGUGUGACAAGCAUGCAGCAGGACCGAAGUUACCUCUUCUACAGUGACUCAUCCGCGAAGGAGCCGCAAAAGAGCUUACAAGCCGGGGGUAAGAUGCAUCCAAAUUGUCAGGAAGAUGAAGUGGAUUCUGCCAGCAAUGGAGACGGCUACGACUCUGACCAAACUAUAAUUGAGUUUGAGGAUUCGCAGGACAUCAGUAGAAUUCCAUCGGGCCCCAUGUGUGGUCCUGAUGGCAGCAGAAGAGCUUCAAAUCAAAGCACAGCUGUGGAGAAGAGCCGGACGCGGUUUUUCGACAUUUUUGGCUUUGACUGCAGUGAAAAUUCUAAAGGAAAUCAUGUUGAUUCGCUUUCUCCUCCAAACGCCUUACAAUCUCAGGACACAGAUCACAAUAUGCGUUUACAAGGAGAUAGCGCACAUGGCAGGGCGAAGAACAAGACCAGGGUGUCCUUAGUUAAGGACAGCAGAGGAGGAACCAAGGUGGCCCCGCCUAAAAGUCACGCCUUACCCGCCCAUGAGCAACGGAACCCUGCGUCUUGUGUAUCUGGAAUAAAGAACAAGGAACAGAGCGAAGCAGGUUGGCACUUGCUUCAAGAACUGACGUCUUCGAGGUUUCAGCCGAAGGUUCAACUGAAGCCGCUGCCUCUGGAUCUCGUGAGCAAGUACAUUCACUCGCAGCCGCACUGCGCAGAAAGUGACUCUGCUCCCUCGACUGCGUAUUGCGGGCUGACGCAGGACUCAACGUGUACGUAUAGCUGGCUGGUCGACUCUUCCGCUACCCCUGACGAUUAUAGAAACGAUCCAGAUUAUUAUCCAGGUUGCGAUAUUUGA